UCUUAUAUGUUAAUAAAUCGUUAAGUUGAGGCAUUACAAAGUCAAUGUAUUUGUUUUGGAGGGGUUGUUGCGUCCCGACCAAUGUCGAGACCAAACCUACGCCCUAGGCCAAAUGAAAUUUGGCUUGGGGCUCUGAUUAAAUGUUAUUAGUAACACCUGUGUUUUUUUCUAAAUGUCUACGCUAUCAAACCUAGCAAAUGAUGGGCAGUCAAUGGUUAUUCAAUGCACCUUAAUGAGACUGACCCCUUAAUGGUCUGCUGAUGUGUGCACGUGCGCAUACCUGUAGACGCAGUACGGGUAGCUGGGAUAGGAUGUGACGUACUUACCUAAUCCUCUUAGUUUAAUUAAGCUAAAGUAGCAGGCCCAACGCUGCAGCACCCUCAGUAGCAGAGGUUUGGGAGAUUGAAUCGACCAUAGCAGAAGUUGGACGGAGACUGGAGUUAAACGCUUUGGAGAGUAAAACAGUUUGAAAAGAGUUGGAGGUGUUGGUCCUCAGCCACCUCCGCAGGAUGCUGUCGCGGCGGAUGCUGUGGGGCGCUGUGGCGCGUCAGAUCGCUCCGCGUCUGACUUACAGCACUGCAGCACAGCCACAGGUGAAGACAAAAAAGACCAAGUUUGGCCCUCUUAGCGACCAAGAUCGGAUAUUCACCAACUUAUAUGGUCGACAUGACUGGAGACUCAAGGGAGCACUAAAAAGAGGAGACUGGUAUAAGACCAAGCAGAUCAUACUGAAGGGAUCAGACUGGAUAUUGAAUGAGGUUAAAAUCUCAGGGCUUCGGGGCAGAGGUGGAGCAGGCUUCCCCACUGGAAUGAAAUGGAGCUUCAUGAACAAACCCAGUGAUGGCAGGCCUAAGUAUCUGGUGGUGAAUGCUGAUGAAGGGGAGCCAGGGACGUGUAAAGACCGUGAGAUAAUGCGCCACGACCCCCAUAAGCUGUUAGAGGGCUGCCUGGUGGCUGGAACAGCAAUGGGUGCCCGUGCUGCAUAUAUCUACAUCAGAGGAGAGUUUUACAAUGAGUCAUCAAAUCUACAGGUGGCUAUUAAUGAGGCGUACAAAGCAGGGCUGAUAGGGAAGAACGCCUGUGGCUCUGGGUAUGAAUUUGACGUGUUUGUGAUGCGGGGAGCUGGAGCUUACAUCUGCGGGGAGGAGACGGCCCUCAUCGAGUCUCUUGAGGGCAAACAAGGGAAACCCCGACUCAAGCCACCAUUCCCUGCAGACAUAGGGGUGUUUGGAUGCCCGACGACAGUUUCCAACGUGGAGACAGUUGCUGUGGCGCCUGCAAUCUGUCGUCGAGGCGGAGCCUGGUUUGCCGGCUUUGGGAGGGAGAGGAACUCUGGGACCAAGCUGUUCAAUAUCUCUGGUCACGUGAACACACCAUGCACAGUGGAGGAAGAGAUGUCUAUUCCUCUGAGGGAGCUAAUAGAGAGACACGCAGGAGGAGUGAGGGGUGGCUGGGACAAUCUAUUAGGAGUUAUCCCAGGGGGAUCCUCCACUCCCAUCAUCCCUCAGCAUGUGUGUGAUGACGUUUUGAUGGAUUUUGAUGACCUGGUCCGUGCAGAGACUGCUCUGGGAACUGCGGCCAUUAUAGUUAUGGAUAAAUCGACCGAUGUGAUUCGAGCCAUUGCACGUUUGGUUGAGUUCUACAAACAUGAGAGCUGUGGCCAGUGCACCCCCUGCAGAGAGGGUGUGGAUUGGAUGGAUAAAAUGAUGUGGAGGUUUGUGCGAGGAGAGGCAGCAGUUUCAGAGAUCGACAUGAUCUGGGAGCUGAGCAAGCAGAUUGAGGGACACACUAUCUGUGCCCUCGGGGACGGAGCCGCUUGGCCUGUGCAGGGCCUAAUUCGUCAUUUCCGGACAGUGAUGGAGAGUCGCAUUGGUCAGUAUAACAAGAAAAACCCUCCAAGAGAGCCGGAGAUAGAGAUGAUCUGAAAGUGUGCAGAUGUCCAUUUCAGCUUUCAGUCAUUCACAACAGUAUUAUUACAUAGCUCAUCUUGUUAUACCACAUUGUUCUACCACUUUUGAACAUAGUUUUCAAAAUGAGAAUAUUUUUCUUGUUAAGAUUUCACAGUGCAGGUGCAGACUGCAGAAUUUUAAGUUUCUUCCAAGUUAUCAUCUUUGAAUAAGUAGUCUAUUUUUGAAAUAGAUUCUGCUGUAAAAUGGUCAUUUAAUCUAGUUUAUU